GCAGAGGGAGAUCUAUUGGAAUUGCUUUGUACUGUGUUCUUUGUAUUGAAACAUAUGUGCAACAUGGAAUCAAGAAUUACUCUGAUCUUCAUUACCUUGUGCACAACUCUUCAUGAAGGCUGGGGGUUGCCUCUAUUGCCCCAGACUGACCCGAGUGACCCGUCUGAAACCCAUAGGGUCAGGAGCAAACGCUGCUCCUGCAACAACCAGCUGGACUCCGAAUGCCAUUAUUUCUGCCAUCUGGAUAUCAUCUGGGUGAACACGCCAAGUAAAACUACGGUGUAUGGAUUGGGCAGUCCGCUGGCUCGCCGUCGUAGGUCAACAGGCCGCUGCUUCUGCACCAACCCUGCAGAUCGGACAUGCAACAGCUUCUGCCACUACAGCUCUGAAAACCCUGCCAUCAUGCUGGUGCAUCCAUCUGAACCUGUCUAUGAAAAACAGGAAACACCCAAAUUAGAUCACCUGACCGGCCCAAAUAACUCUGAAAAUGCUAGUCCAGGAGUUCUGGUUUUAGGGAAAUCUUCCUCCCUUGGGGCUCGGUCAAAUGCCAUAACCUUCCUUAGGAACCUGGUUAGGGCUAGAGCGAGGGUCAUGGAAAAGUCAUCCAAACCUGGCUACAGAUGAAAAACUUACCUGGAGGAGAGAUAGGAGUGCGAGCACUUGAACAAAAGAUGACCCUUGUGCAACCUGGGGCAGCAGAACAUCCUAUAUACGCUGCGAUCUGGAAGCGCCGUUCCCCAUAGACAGUACUGUGGAAACAGAGCCUUUGAAGCAUGUUUAAGACCGAAUAGGUGAGAUGUGAGUUGAGGGCAAGUCAGACCUGAACACUGGGACUGCACAAAAGAGGGUUAGGUGUUAUUGACAGUCCUGUAAAGCAAACAGGACGUUAGCUAAGUGGCUAUGCUAAAGCUAUCUGACAGGAUCAUAGCUAGUCCAAAACACCAAGUUUGAACUGUCAGAAAUAAAAGAGACAGGCGAAGUGCUAAUUCAGAUUUUGUUGGAAGAGCACUGAAUGUGAGAAUCUGCAGUACUUCUACUAUUUAUCUGUACUAUUGGAGCUCACCAAAUAUAUAUAAAUAUAUAUAAUAUGAAAUAUAUAUAAUAUUUUAGGAUAGACAAAAGAUGACCUAGCUAUGAGUUAAUUACAUAUUUACCUGAGACAACCAAUAGUUUCAAAUUAAGUGUCAUGCCUAAAUGGGCGGCAUCUUGGGACACACCAAAUAGGUUUUUAAACACCCAGCCCAUUCAGGAGCAUUUAAGUUGGAAUGUUUUCAUCAACGAAAAUAUAUAGGGGUGUGAUAAGUCAUUUGCAUUUUUCUUGGCCAGGUUGGAUAAUGCUUGUUGUUAACACUGGUUGCACAGCUAUGCAAAUCUUAUCUGGUGAAGAUAGUUGACCAGCAUAGUCUUUUUGGUUAAGGUGAUUGCUCAAAAGUCUUGGUAAAAAAAGUAAAAAGAAAAAAAAGAAAACAGCAUAGCAGUCCAUGCUGGGAACCAACAUGCAUAAUGGUCAACGGCAAUACUUGUGUUUUCCGCAUGGAGCUUUUUUAAAGUCGACACAAUAAUGAGAUAUUUCUGAGAAUACCACAUUUAAAGGUUGACCACUUUGUAUGGACUGUGCACUUGUUUUCACAUCCAUUUACCUUUAACAGUUAUGAUAUUCAAGUUAUGUUGUUCAAUCUGUUGUUAUUAACACAGAUAGAUUUCAAAAUUUUGAAAUAUUUUUCAAAUUUAUCUAUUUAUUGAAUAGAACUGGGGGAAAAAAAGUCCUUUCCUAUUUAUUGAAUAGAACUGGAACAUUUUAGAGAGCUAACAAUGUAGUGUACUCAGAUGUAUGAACUUUAUGAUUAAGUUUGUGCUCUUAAAUUUAAUAAUUUAUCAUUUUAAGUUACUCAAUUUGCUAAGAAUAGAAAUAGAUUCCUCUAUGUAUAACAGCAAUAUGGUUUAUGUUUUAUAUUCUGAUGAAAUUUAUAUUUUCCAAAAGUGAUGUAUUCAUUCUAUUUCAAAUAUACUCUGAAGUGUUUUCUGAUAUGACCUAUCAAAUGUGUUGUUAACAAAAAAUGCUAAUUUUAAAAUAACAUUUUUGUUCUGUCCCUAAUUCUGUGUCCAACCGAGCUCUGUAACCCCACAGUCUUGUUUUCUCUGUUUCGGACAUUAUCAGAUAAUGUAUGAAAAUAAAUAAAUAGCCCACAA